AUGCGUUUCGGAAUUUUGGCGGCUGUCAUUUUCUCCUCGGUCGUCUUUGCCGUGCCGAUUGCAGAGAAAAGACACGCAGCUCUAAUCGAGAGCCGGGAAGAUGCGCCAGUCCCAACCGGGGCUGCGGCCUUCGGUGAAGCACUCGGGACGAUUGGAGACAACCUCAAGACCACCAACGAGACACUCAACGAAUACUCGGGCGGUCUCAAAGGCAUCGGUCAGCUUCUCAAGAUCCAGUCGGCAACCAGCGAUCUCGGCGACGCCAUAUCCAAUGCGACGGCGGUUGCCAAAGCAACUGGCCAAUUGAGUCUCGCAGACUCCGCCACCGUCGGCCAACAGUUCCUACAGCUUCAACCGCAGAUCAACAGCUUGUUGGACAACAUCAUGUCCAAGCGUGCUGAGUUCCAAAAUGCGGGUUUCGGGCUCAUCGACGUCAUUUCGCUUCUGCGAUCGAAUCUGGAAGAACAGAAACAGGAAUCCAAGGAACUGGGCGAUGCAACGAUUGCCAUCCUCGACCCUUCACUCACAUCUGUCGCUACGCCCAUCAAUGAAGAGAUCCAGACCAAGUUUGACGACGCCAUCGCUGCGUAUCAGGGUCGGGGUGGGCUCAUCACGAUUCCUCCAGGCCUCAUCGGGUUGCUUGGCGAUGGGGAUGGCAACUGA